UGUCUGUCUGUCUGUCUGUCUGCAGGGACCUGUGGCAGCUGAGGGCGGAGUUUUCUCGUCUCUCCUCCUCGCUCCUCUCUAGCUGUGACUCCUUGUCCUCUUCCCUGAGGCUCAGCGCUCCUCCCAUCAAACCUUUCUCUCUGCCUCCUCCUCUCCUCCCCUCUGACCUCCCUCCACCUCCCUCCUCUCCUCCUCUGUCCUCCACCUUGGUUGCUCCUGCUCUGGACUCGGCAUCUGUUCCUCUUCUCACAUCCUCCUCCACCCUUGGGACCUUCACCUUAGGAGAGCUGGAGGCCAACGAGGAGGAGGAGCGAGAGAGGAAGGAGGAGGAGGAGCAAGUUAGGAGGGAGGAGGAGGAGAAGCAAGAGAGAAGGGAGGAGGAGGAGCAAGAGAGGAUGGAGCAGGAGCGAGUGAGGAUGGAGGAGGAGCGAGUGAGGAAGAUGGAGGAGGAGCUUUCCGAGCUGAAGCUUCUUCAUGAGACGACGGUUUUCCAGCUGAAUGAACGGAUAGCAGAGCUGUCUCUCUCGCUGCAGGCUGUGGACAGACAGACGGAGGACAGAGAGCGAGCAGCAGAGAGACACAGAGAGACAGAGACAGUCCUCGAGUCAGUGAGUCAGGCUGUCAUCAAACUGUCCAGAGUCGCGGGGACCAGCAGGGUCCCUUCAGACCGUGUCCUCAGUUUGGACCUGUCCUCGAUGCUGUCCGUCCUGUCAGACACAGAGAGCGCCCUCCAGAGGAGACACGAGGAGCUGCAGGGGGCGGAGCUAUCUCUGCGGCGGCUCGGCGAGGAGCAAUCAGCUCUGCAGCUCCGACUGAAACAACUGGAAGACGACAACGAACAUCUGCACAGGCACACACAACACACACAGCUGGAGCUCACACACACUGUGGACACACUGAGCAGGGAGCAUGAGCUGUUGUCCUCUCUGCGUGUGGAGCUGGAGGAGGUGCAGCAGAGGGAGGAGGAGGGGAAGAGAGAGAAUGACAGGCUGAGGAGGGAGAGAGACAGACAGGAGGAGAGAGAGACAAGCAGACGGGUGGAGGCUGAACUGUUGGAGAAUGUCCAGCUGACGGAGAGAGAAGCUCUGCACCGGAUGGAGAUCCACACUCUGAAGGGGGCAUUGGAGAGGCAGCAGUUGGACAGACAGAGAGCAGAAGAAGAAGCUGCUGACAGCAGAGACGCCCUGCAGAAGUCCAGGGAGUGUGUGCUGCGUCUCUCGUCCUCUGAGUGUGUGUUGAAGCGGGAGGUGGAGGAGGGACGGGACGCUCUGGACAAGAUGGCCGCCCUGAACUCUGCACUGGUCUCAGACAAGAGAGACCUGAACAAACAGCUGCUGCAGCUGGAGUGUGAGCUGUCAGACAGCCAAUCACAGCUGCAGGAUCUGAGGUCAGAGGUCAACUCUCUGCAGAGGGACAUCAAAACCCUCAACCUGGAGAGCAGCCAGCUCAGAGCGCAGAGUGCGGCGGAGUCCACUGUUGUCCGUAAGCUUAAAGAAAGUGAGACAGAGAUGGAGAGAAUGAUGGAGGAGAAGGAGAGACAGCUGAGCUCCCUGAUGGAGGAGAGAGAGAGGGAUGGAGGUCAGCUGGAGGAGAUGUCCUCCCAGCAUGCCUCAGUGUGCAGGGAGCUGAAGGAGGUGCAAGAGCAGCUGCGUCAGGCGGUGGAUGAUGUGAGGAGGAGAGACAGACAGCUGGAGGAGCAGCAGAGGGAGCACAGGAGGCUGCUGGAGGAGCAGGACGGCCUGCAGAGACGCAGCGAGCAGCUAGAGGAAGAGCUGAAGGAGCUUAGGUGUCUGUCCUCGUCUCUCCACCUUCAGCUCCGUCAGCAGCAGCAGCAGCUCUCUCAGUCAGAGGUGGAGCAAUGUCAGCUCAACACUCACAUCAACACACUGCAGGAGGUGAAGGAGGCGCUACAGGGGGAGAUCAGGUGUCUGAGAGGAGAACUGGAGGGAGCGACAGCCAUGACAGAAGAUGAGAGAGGGAGAAGAGAGAGAAGCGAGGAGGAGAAGGAAGCGCUGAUGGAGGAGACGGAGAGGCUGACACAAGAGGCGGAGAAUCUGAGGAGGAGGAGAAGACAGGAAGAGGAGGAGAGGAGGGAGGAGGCAGAGGACUGGCAGAGAGAGAGGGAGGCUCUGAGUGAGGAGCUGGGGACGAGGGAUGGAGAGGUGGAGGCACUGAGGAGGCGCAUAGAGGGACUGAUAAAGGAGAAAGAGAGGCUGAGGGAGGAGGUGACAGAAAGUGAGGCGCAGAUCAGCCUCAUGAAGGAGGAGGUGAAGAGGGAGGAGGAGGCGAAGAGGGAGGAGGAGAUUGAGGCACUCUGCGACCGAAUGGAGAGAUUAGAAACAGAGAAGGAGGAUAGAGAGGAGGAGAUGGUGCAACUGAGGAGCACAACAGAGAAGGAGGUGGAGAGAUGGAGGAGGAGGGCCAAGGAGGUGGAGGAGGAGGUGAACAGACUAGGAAAGGAAAUCUCCAAACUAAAAGAGGAGGACAGGAGAGAGAAGGAAAGAUUGCAGGAACAGGAGGAGGAGAGGAGGAAGAGAAGGGAGGAAGAGGUGCAGAGACUGAAGGAGGAGGUGGGGGAGGUGGAGUUGCUGAGGCUGCAGCUCAACGUGGCCAAGGAGGAGUGCGAGGAGAUGAAGGAGGAGGUGGAACGGAGGGAACACCGCCUGGAGCGACAGAUGAGCGCUGUGAAGAAGAGGGAGGAGGAGGUGGAGGAGCUGAAGGAGCAACUGGAGCUGGCAAAGAGGCAGGAGGAGGAGGGAGCAAGGGAGCACCAGGAGGUGAAGGGCAGACUGAAGCAGAAGGAGGCGCGGGUGGAGAAGCUUGAGAAGCUACUAAAGGAAACCCGUCUGCUCCUGGAGAAGGAGAGGAGGGAGGGAGAGGAGAAGGACAGCCGGAUCUCCUCACAGGACAGGGAGGUGCAGGAGGCAUGGGCCGAGAGUAAGAGAGCAAGGAGGAGGUCCAGAGAAUGGGAGGAGGCCCAACAUAGGCUGGAGGAGGAGGUGAAUGAGUGGAAGGAGAGAGCAGAGAGAAGCGCAAGGGAGGCAGCAAAGUUCAAUCACCUCCUGAAGGAGCAAGAGGAGGAGGCGCAGCAGCUGGAGGAGAAAGUGAGGGAGGUAGAAGGGGCGUUAAAAGAAGAAAGGGAGGUGCUGAGGAGUGCGAGGGAGGAAAGAAGGAGGUUGGAAGACAGAUGGGAAGAGAUGGAGAAGGAGGUGGAGGAGCUGAGGGGGACAGAAGAGGAGAAGAGGAGGCUUGAAGACGAACUGGAAGAGAUGGAGGAGGUGCUGAGGAGGUUGAGGGAAGAGAACAGGAAGCUGGAGGAGGAGCUGAAGGAAGUUGAGAAAGAUCAGUACAUCCUGUUGGAGGAGAAAGGGAGGUCCAAAGAGAGAGAGUUGGAGAAGGAGAAGGCAAGGCUGUCUGAGGAGCUGAGGAGGAGGGAGAGGGAGGUGACAUCUCUCAGAGAGGAGGUGCACAGGAAGAGGGAUGAAGGUCAGGAGGACCAGAGGAGGAGGAGAGAGGAGAUAGAGAAGCUACAAGAGGAGCUGAGGAGGAGCAAGAGGGAGGUGUCUGUACUUAGUGAGGAGGUACAAAAGGAGAAAAAGGAGGCGCAGCAGGAGUUGAUGAGGAGGAGAGAAGAAGCAACAACUCUCAGAGGGGAGGUGCAGAAGGAACAAAGGGAGAGGGAAGAGGUACAAGAGAGGUUAAAGAGAACAGAGAAGGAGGCGACAGCUCUCAGAGAGGAGGUGCAGAAGGAGUGCAGGCAGAUGGAGGAGGUACAGGAGGAGCAUAAGAGGAGCCAGUGGGAGGUGACAGCUCUCAGAGAGGAGCUGCAGAGGGAACAAAAGGAGAAGAAGGAGGCACAAGAGGAGUUGAUAAAGAGAAGACAAGAGGUGACGGCUCUCAGAGAGGAGGUGCAGAAGGAGUCGAGGCAGAUGGAGGAGGUGCAGGAGGAGCUGAGGAGGACCAAGAACAAGCUGAAAGCCAUCACAGAGGAGGUGCAAAAGGAGAAGGAGGUGGCACAGGAGAGGUUAAUGAGGACAGAGGAGGAAGUGACAGCUCUCAGAGAGGAGGUGCAGAAGGAGUGGAUACAGAUAAAGGAGAUGAAUGAGGAGCUGAGAAGGAGCAAGCUAGAAAUGUCUGUACUUCGUGAGGAGGUAGAAAAGGAGCAAAAGGAGAAGAAGGAGGCGCAGGAGAGCUUAAUGAGGACAGAGGAGAAGGUGACAGCUCUCAGAGAGGAGGUGCAGAAGAAGAGGGAGGAGGUACAGGAGGAGCAGACACAGAUGGAGGAAGUACAGGAGGAGCUUAAAAGUAGCCAGAGGGAGGUGACAGCUCUCAUAGAGGAGCUGCAGAGGGAACAAAGGGAGAAGAAGGAGGCGCAGGAGGAGUUGAUUAGGAGGAGAGAAGAGGCAACAACUCUCAGAGAGGAGGUGCAGAAGGAGUUGAGGCAGAUGGAGGAGGUACAGGGGGAGCUGAGCAGGGCCAAGUGUGAGCUGAAAGUCCUCACAGAGGAGGUGCAAAAGGAGGAAAAGGAGAAGAAGGAGGCACAGGAGAGGUUAAUGAGGACAGAGGAGGAGGUGACAGCUCUCAGAGAGGAGGUGCAGAAGAAAAGAGGGGAGGCCAAGGAGGAGUGGACACAGAUGGAGAAGGUACAGGAGGAGCUGAGGAGAACCAAAAAUGAGCUGAAAGUCCUCACAGAGGAGGUGCAAAAGGAGAAGAAGGAGGCACAGGAGAGGUUAAUGAGGACAGAGGAGGAGGUGACAGCUCUCAGAGAGGAGGUGCAGAAGAAGAGAGAGGAGGUACAGGAGGAACAGGAACAGAUGGAGGAAGUACAGGAGGAGCUUAAAAGGAGCCAGAGGGAGGUGAUAGCUCUCAUAGAGGAGCUGCAGAGGGAACAAAGAGAGAAGAGGGAGGCGCAAGAGGAGUUGAUAAAGAGAAGACAAGAGGUGACGGCUCUCAGAGAGGAGGUGCAGAAGGAGUGGAUGCAGAUGAAGCAGAUGAGUGAGGAGCUGAGGAGGAGCAAGCUGGAAGUGUCUGUACUUAGUGAGGAGGUACAGAAGGAGCAAAAGGAGAAGAAGGAGGCGCAGGAAGAGCUGAUUACGAGGAGAGAAGAGGCAACAACUCUGAGAGAGGAGGUGCAGAAGAAAAGAGGGGAGGCCAAGGAUGAGUGCAUGCAGAUGGAGAAGGUACAGGAGGAACUGAGGAGAACCAAAAAUGAACUGAAAGUCAUCACAGAGGAGGUGCAAAGGAAAGAGAAGGAGGAGGCUGAGGAGGUGCUGUGGAGGAGUGAGAGGGAAGUAUCUGUACUCAGAGAGGAGGUGAAAAGGGAACAAACAGAGAAGAAGGAGGUGCAAGAAGAGCUGAGGAAGAGAAGACAAGAGGUGAUGGCUCUCAGAGAGGAGGUGCAGAAGGAGUCGAGGCAGAUGGAGGAGGUACAAGAAGAGCUGAGGAGAACCAAAAAUAAGCUGAAGGUCAUCACAGAGGAGGUGCAAAAGGAGGAAAAGGAGAAUGAGGAGGUACAGGAGGAGCUGAUAAAGAGCAGAGAUGAGGUGAUGGCUCUCAGAGAGGAGGUGCAGAAGGAGCAGAAGAUGAGGAGGGAGGCCCAGGAGGAGCUGAGAGGAGUGCAGCAGCGUGUGGAGCUGAUGGAGGUGAACCUGACCUCCCUGCACACUCAGGUGAGUGAUCUGAGGAGGAGCAGGGAGCGAGGGAAGCAGGAGGUGAAGGAGAAAGAGGAGGAGAAGCAGCAGAUGAGGGAGGGUCUGAGCGAGGCGCUGCAGGAGAUGAAGACGCUCAAACUCCUCCUGCAGGAGAGCCAUGCAGAGGGGGAGCGUCUGAGGAGCGCUCUGAAGGAGAAGAAGGAGGAGGUGGAGAGGAAGAACCUGCCCACUGUCAGAGAGGAGGCACUACACGAGAGGGAGGAGGUGGAGGAGCUGAGAGCCCGAGCCAAAGCUCUGGAGACGAGGAGGAGAGAGAUGAUAGAGGAGGUGGAGGAGGCUCGACAGGCGAAGGAUAAGGCUGAGGAGAAGAGAAGGGAGGUGGAGGAGAGGUGGAGGAGCAAAGUGGAGGAGAUGAAGGAGACACUGAAAACUCUGUCGAGAGAAAUCCAGACACUGAAGGAGAGGGAGCAGGUGUGGAGGUCCAGAGUGCAGGAGGCGCAGAGGGAGGUGGAGGAGAGCCGGGCCGAGUUGGAGGAGUAUAAAACACAGAGAGAGGAGGUGGACGGACUGAAGAAGAGGAGGAGAGACCAAGGGACAGAUGAGGAGGGAGGAGGAGAAGAGAUUCCUGAGGAGGAGCAGGAGGAGGAGCAGACCUCCCUACUGCAGGAGAAGGAGGAGAUGAGGAGGCUGCUGAGGCAGAGAGAAGCUGAGGUGUACACUCUGACUCAGAGGGCCGAGGAGCUGCACGCAGACAGGGAGCGCGUCCGAUUGGCUCUGGAGCGAACUGAGGCGGCUAUGAUUGGCUACAGGGAGAGAGCCCACCAACAGGAGCAGAGUCCGGGGGCGGAGUCUAACCCAGACGAGGCCGUGGCAGACAGACUGGUGGUCCUCCAGCGUUUGGUGGCUGAACUGGAGCUGAACGAGAAACAAGUGAAGAAGAAGAACUCACACCUGAAGAGAGAGAGAGACAGGCUGAGAGACACCCUAAGACAGGUGGAGGAGGAGCGUUUGAGGUUCAGACAGCAGCUGACUGACAGCAGACCUCAGGACACCACAGAAGAAGAGCGCCUGCGGAGCAGAGUGAGGGAGCUGGAGGACCAGGUGAGUCAGCUCCGCCUCUCAUUGGCUGUGGACCAGCAGCAGAGGGCGGAGUUUAUCCAGCAGUCGACCAAAAACAGCCAGUGGCUGCUCUCUCUGAGGAGCGACCUCACUGACUCGCUGGCCACCGUCACACGCCGUCCAAUCCCGUCAGUCCUGGAGUCUGAGACGCAGCGAUUGGACCGCAGCCUGAGGGAGGAGGAGCUUAGGAUGUCCCUCGGCCAAUCGUAACUCCUGAAAGAUAAAAAAUAGAAGCUUCUGACCAAAAAACCUAAAACGGGCUCAAAGACAAUCAGACGAACGCCAACACAGAGCUGUCCUCUGAUUGGCUGUUCACAGGCGUCAGAUCAAAGGUGCGUUCAGGGACAGUCGGACAGUUUUUCACGUCGAAUGUCGUCACUGAAUCAGUUCAUGAAGAAACGUUACUGUUGCGUUAUAAAUGUGUUCUUUGAAGGUUAUUUAUUGUGUAUUUAUAUUAAAUCUGUCAGACUGCUGAGUGAUGACGCACUACAUUUCCCAUGAUCCUCCAGUCUGACGUGUGUUUUAUGUCAGGUUCAAUAAAAAGAUCUUAACGUGA